ACACACAAAUAAAGGACCAAUCCCUCUAUUCAUGCUCUUAUGUUAUAAUAAAGUGCACAUUGACUCCUCGCUGUUAAGAAUAUUUUUCGUAGACCAUUAUUUUGGUUGUAAAUUAAACACAAUGGGGUGACACAAAUGUCAUUGGGAGAGGAUGUAGCGGUGUGCUAACUAGCAUCAUGUUAUGAAGUCAUCGGAUGAAUUUGAUAACACAGCGAGUGUUAGGGGGAGUUUAAUCACCAUUUCUCAAUGGGAUAAGCAACACUUGAUAUUGUAGUCUGCACUCGUAUCGCUAUAUUAGAUUUAUUGCCUGCAGUUUAUUUGAUAUGUGUGUAUGAUAUUUAGCUGCACAUUGAUGUAGUGUCACUCUGCCUUAAGUUGUUCAAUCAAAUUAUUCGUGAUAUAGGAAGGAAUUUGUGUCUGCCUUUAUGUUUUCUUUUUGACCUUCGACGUUUACCUUUUUGCGCUAACUACAAAGGAUCAUUUAUGUUUAAUGUUCCACAUGGUGAUGUAUUAUCACCUCUUUGAUGAUGUCACUUUAUGUACCUGGAGCAUGAUGAUGAAUUAGUGAUCGUUUGUUCUUUACAGUAUGUUUGAAAUAGAUUAAACAUUAUUUAUUGCUACGUUAGCACAUCACACAGAAUAUAGCAUUAUGUUAUAUACAGCAUCAUAACAAUGAAAGUACUACGCCUAUAUUGCACGUUUUAUAAAAUGGCAUCUAGGGGCAAUGCAUCUCCUCACUACCGCUUUCACUUGUUCAUGUGUUCUGUGUUCACGCGUUCUUCUACUAGACCACAAAAUUGCUGUGUCAGUGCUGUGAACUGAUGCUUGUUGUUGAAACAGACUGACAGAGGAGGGCCUUUACAUAAUUUUUCUUCAUUUGUCUUCUAAAAACAUCACUUACUUGGGUUUUUACUAUAGCAGCAUGACAUGGGUUGAUCUAAGCUCUUUAAAAUUCUCCCCCAACAUUUUUAAGUUUUUUGUUCAGAAAUCCAUUCUCAAAUUCACAAUUUGUCUUUUUGUUGUUCUCGGUAUCUGUCUGUCAUUCCACUUCUUUUACCACGGGUCUGAUGAGUCUCUGUUCUGAGAUGAUGUAAUGGUCUCUCAAUAAUUGAUGCUUUAAAGACAGUAAAAUACCCUGAGCCAGAGCACAAAGGAACACAGGAAAUCAAUGUUAGUGUGAGAGGAGGUAUGACAGAGUAAGAUGAGGAGAGGCUGCGUAAUAUUGUUGAACGAAACAGAAACAAGUCAUGCUCACGUAGAGACACACCCCGAGCUAGAAACUUCCACUGAUGAUGUUGGGUUGUCUGUGUGCCCAAUGGUCAGAAACGCACAGUGGUAAGUUAAGACGGCAGGUAUUAACGUGAAAUGACAGCGUUGUUGUAUGGGUGUUGUGAGUGUAAAAACAGUUAAAGGUAAGUGGAGUUCAGUUACCAAGUAAGUUAUAUCUGUAUAUCAGAAUCGGAUACUGUUUUAUCUGAAUUUCAGGCCAGCAUUGCUGGUCUUACACUAUGUAAAGUGUUUUAAAUGAGUCGCUUCCAUUUUAUUUCAUUUUAUUUAGUUCCCAUUUUUAGGGAACUGUUUUUUGGACAUGGAAAAGCAAUGUACUUUUUAAGUGUUUAAAUACUGUGAUUUCAAAGUCGACAAGAACUUUUUAAUACUUUUUAACUAUUUUCAAAACCUGGUGACAAACAUAAAGGGUGACAAUGAUUUACUGUAUGGAAAAAAUUAAAAUCAUGAAAUAUGGAGAUACUAGUUUGACAGUAUUGAUAUUCUCCUCUCUUAUCACCUGUCAAUGAUGUCACUCUUGUGCCUACUGACAGUCUUGUUCUUUCCUUUCUCUUUUGUCUGAAUUCAGGAUGUUGAGCCCUGGGGAAGGACGUUCUGGUGCCACAUUGCAUUUAUCAGUCACUGGAUUACUGCCUCACUGACUGCAGUGAUUGAAUUGAGGCGCUGCUCUGAAUAAUAAGCAACACCUGUUUGAGACAGCUUUAUAUCUGCACUUGGGUUUUGCCCGAUUCACCUUGCCCAGUGCUGAUACUGAUAGCUGGCAUAGUAAUCGGUCUCAUUAGAUACUUGAUUAACAUUGUUGGCUCAUCAACUGACACUCCUGGACGGAGUUCAGGCCUUUGUGGACCAUCUGUUUAUCUACCAUUUCUCUUGGGUCCAGACAGCAGAUGUUCCGUCUGUGGUGCCUUGAGGCUUGUCGAUCCAGUUCUUCCUGUGCCUGCGCACGUAAGGAACCCGUCCGCCUGCUCUACCCCAACGCCUCCGUGUCAGCAAAACUGUGGAGGUGAUGGAGGGUCUGGAGGUUGAGGACAUUAGCCCCGCCCUCGAGGCCACUGAGGAUUACCUGCAUUGCCUUGAUGACAACCAAGGAGAUGGCCAGGUACAGACACAGAAACUUAAAGAGGGGUCUACCUUGGAUAAGCUGAACUCCAGCGGCGUGUGGGGACUGCUGACGGAAAAGCGAUCUGACAUAUCACCUGGCAACAUGGCCUGGGCCGAGCAGACGUCCUUUCACAUUCUGGGCCUAAGACAUGGAAAAAGGAACCGGGCACGAUCCACCAACGAUUUGGCAGCUCAUGCCAAAGAGACAAACUCUACUACCACAACAUCCAGUGGGGGCUUCAAACGUGGCCACAACCGCUCGCGUUCAGAUGUUAACUACCGCAGUUACACAGAUAACGGCAUGCCGGCUAUUGACAAAAAUACACUCAAGAACAUGGCGCUGAACGACUACAUGGAUGCUCAUAAGGAGAGCAGCCCUAGUCUGGUGAAGCAGGGAAUGUUGGAGCAGCGAGAGGGACCUUGGGGCCGCUGGAGUACAUGUCACGUCGAGCUUACACCCUGCGAGCUACGUCUCUACAGCCUGGACAGCAGCGGUAACCAACAGUUAUGUGCCGCCCUCUCUCUAUCUCACUGCCAAGGGGUGAGCGCACCCCAAACCCAAGAUGGACGUGUGCUUCAAGCUGUCUUCUUCAACAGUACCCGUGUGCAGUUACGCGCACCCUGCCAGUGGGAGGCAAUGGAGUGGCGCAGAGUCCUCUGGGAACGCGUCUUGGCUGCACGUCCAGCUCAUCGUAAAGGCGAACCGGCUUGUGCCACCUCUCCUACCCCCCACGGUCCCGACGCAGCAUCUGUGCCAAUCCCUCGGCCGUUGAUUCGUCCCACGGCCCUACCGCUGUUCACCCAGCAUUGUGCUGAUGUGCUCAAGGCUGGCCUUCUGCACCAACUCACCGACCUCAAUAACUGGAGGGCCUUUACAUUCGUGCUGAGCCGCACAGAACUGCAGGCCUUUCCAACUGAAGGGAGGGGUCCUGUGUCGGAGCCUGUGCUGCGGUACCCGUUGGCUUCCUGUCUGACUGUGCAGAGGGAUGAGGAAGACGGUGGAACCAACUCUCGCUUCCAGGCUGUCUUUCCUGAUGAUGUGCUACGCUUACGGGCGGAGAGCGAGCUCAAAGCCCAGGAUUGGGUGGAGGCCUUGCGGACAGCUGUGACAACUCAGCGACCUCAGAGGGAGAAUAAUCAGUCGGGUCCCACGGGAGUGCUGAUGAGGAGGAAGCCACCCAGGGAACGGCGACAUCGGGAGGCCCAAAGAGCAAAACGCCAGUCCGUCACCACAAGCUUUCUCAGCAUCCUUACCUGUCUGGCUAUAGAGAAGGGCCUUACUGCUCAGGGCUUCCGAUGUGCAGGAUGUCAAAGGCCAGUGGGUCUGUCACGCGGGAAGGCCAAAGUUUGCUCUUAUAGCGGAUGGUACUACUGCCCAAGUUGUCACCAGGACAAUCUCUUUCUCAUACCUGCUCGUCUGCUUCAUAACUGGGAUACUAACAAACACAAAGUGUCGAAGCAGGCUAAGGAGUUUUUGGAGUUUGUUUACGAGGAGCCAUUGUUAGACAUCCAGCAGUUGAAUCCAUGUCUGUAUGAGCAUUGCGAAGCUCUGGCGGCCGUUCUUAAACUGAGACAGCAGCUUCAGUCUCUCAGGGCUUACCUCUUCAGCUGCCGAGCCACAGUAGCGGAAGACCUCCGUCGCAGGAUCUUUCCAAGGGAAUACCUUUUACAGCAUGUACACCUCUAUUCAUUGGCAGAUUUACAGCAGGUCAUAGAUGGAAAGCUUGCUCCAUUCCUCUCGAAGGUAAUCAAGUUUGCCAGCUCUCACGUGUACAGCUGCAGUCUGUGUCGAGAGAAGGGCUUCAUCUGUGAGCUGUGCCACAACGGCCAGGUCAUCUAUCCCUUCCAGGAGAACACAUCCAAAAGAUGCGAGGGCUGCGGAGCCGUCUUCCACGCCGAGUGCCGGAUGCGAGCCCAGCCGUGCCCGCGCUGUGUGCGCAGAGAGCUACACAAGAAACCGGCGUCGUUCUGGAGGAGGCACGCCCCUCACGACAGCCCCGACGAUGAAGUGCUGGGCUACUUUGAGAUGGACACCUGAGAUGGUUCACGAAGAGCACUGCAUCUUUCUGAAAGAGCCAACAACAGUGAUAAAGUGCAGCUGUGCGUGUGUGCAUAUCCAUGAAGAACAAGACUCUGCGGUAUCCUGGUGGAAGUGCUCAGUGACAGAGACACAGCAAUGUUUUUGUUUUUUACUUUCUCUCUCACCUGAGAGAGAUGGACCUAGAGACAAUAAUUCAGCUCCGGAAGAGCCGAGGCUUCAUAAUGAUACCAAUUUACCCUUCCCUUUCAUCUAUCAAAUGACAGCCGGGGCCAACCGACAAAUACAGGCGAAGUACACUCGCACACUCACACGCAAACACGCUCGCUGACAGACGUGAAAUAAUGCACUUUCUGGCAGACUCACAAUCCGAGAGCGAUGAUUCAAACCAAUUUCUGGACACAAAUAGAGCUUCUAAUCCAUUAAUGGUUCUGACAAAGUGAACGCUGCGAGAAGAACGUCUGGCUUUUGCAUUUGGGUUUCUUCCGUGUUGGAGUUAACCUACGAGGCUGAAGUUCUCGAUGUUUGAAGAUCAACAUCCUUAGAAACGAAAUAUCAUCUGCCUAACUACCUGGGAGGGGUACAUCUGCUUUCCAGCACAAACAAUACGUUACAUUUCACAUGAUCUCAUUUUUGCACUUUUACGUUUUAUGAUGGAAAAAACACAUACUCGUGUUGAGGGGUAACCUGAUCACCCCUUAAGCUGUUUCACUCUCAAUUGUUUUCUUUUUAUGAUCAGUUUUUUGCACUUUAGGUCACAGUAUGUCACCAUAUGUUUUUAAGUGAUGUCACUUUCAGCAUGACCGAUGGUUCGAGGCGCGGUGUAGCGGGAUGUAGGGUUGGUGUUUUUUUACCGUCCAGCUGGAGUCAGAGAGUUGCUCGAGUGUUUAUCAACACUCAAUGGCCCUGCCUAUGAGCAGCAGAACCAUGUUGUUCUUGAUAACCGCCUGGACUAUGAUUACAAACUAUCCUUGGCCACCAAGCCCCAAAAUUACAGUCCAGAGUUCUCGGGCUUUGUUUAGCAUUGCUAAGGUCCUUUUAGCAAGAACUGUAAAGCAAACCCGACGUGGACGAGCUCAUAAUUCACGUCGACUAGCUGACCUCUCCUAGUGGGCAAGAAUUGGCAAUAAUCACUUGUUUUGCUUUUGCUGCCUUAUUUGAUGUCCUGUUCUUGAUGUUCGGGUCUGUUAUUUUCCAAAGAAACAAACAGGUUACAGAUAAUAUUUGAUGUCUGGCCAUGCACAUCGCCCAGAUGUAUUCAGCUGACAUUUUAAUUCACUUUUUUGUAAUACUUAAAAUCCCUAUUAUAUUUCACUCCGCUAUUACUUUUUAGAUCCUAGAUUUCUUAGAUCACCUGACCAGCACACCAUGGUUACAAAUUUAAAGCACUUAGAAGUCCUGCUGGGGCUGAUUGCUUCAAGUUGGUCACAACAAGGACCUUUAGCGCAGACCAAGUUCUUUCUGACCAACAGUUGUUGCUUCUUAAAGGAACAGUUUACCCAAAAAUAAAAAUUAUGUCUUCUCUUGCUCAUCCUCAAGUUGUUCCAAAUCUGUAUACAUUUCUUUGUUCUGAUGAACACAGAGAAAGAUAUUUGGAAAAAAACCAAACCAGUUCUUGGCCACCAUUGAGUACCAAAAUUGCUUUACAAAUGUAUUUGUUCUGUUGAACACAAGAGGAUAUUUUGAAGAAUUUAGGAAAGCAAACAGUUCUGGGACACUUUUGACUACCAUUGUCAUUUUUCCUAUUUUGGUUGUCAACGGUGGCCAAGAACUGUUUGGCUACAAGCAUUCUUCUGAAUAUCUUUCUUUGUGUUCAUCGAAACAAAUACAUUUAUACAGAUUUGGAACAACUCAAGGAUGACUAAAUGAUGACAGCUUUUUUAUUUUGGGGUAAACUGUCCCUUUGAGCGCAUGAUAGUAGGUCAACUUUCACAUUUGUUACAACAUAUUAUUUGUUACAGUGUUCAUUUUCCAUGUUUUUUUUUUUAGCUUAUGUGUUACUUUGAGACAUUUGCACCAAGAAUACUUCAAGUUUGAAUGAAUUAAUUCUUAGUUUAAAUGUGUUUGGAGAUCGUAAUGAUGGAUGAAUGAUUGGUAGUUGUUCAGAACGUAUUUAUUAGUCUGUGUCUCUUUGCCUGCCUUAAAUUGAAAGCCUAUGCGUAAGCCUGUUGAUGUUCUUCUGUUAGCAAGGUAUAGUCAUUCAGUUUGUGAGAGGAAAAUGUUUCAGUAUUUAAUCUAAUCAGGAUAUCAGGCUAUAGAAGAUAUCAUAAUAUAAUCGCUUGUUUUGUUUUUAAAGGCCAAGACCUUUACUUACCUUACUAAAAAAAGGAAUCACCCCAGACUGGGGGUCCUGGAAUCUGGCGGUCUCUUGUAUUCCCAUGAGAGAUCUUGUCAUUUUCUUUUUGAAGCUUGAACUUUGGAAAAUGCAUCAUGUUUUACAGUUUCUGAGGAAAACAAUGAUACUGUAGGAUUUUAUGAUGUAUUUGUAAUCUGUUAGCUUUGAGAGUUUGGUGUAUUAUAGAGUUUUAUCACUUGCAUUAUGUGACACUUUAAAUCAGGGACUCUUAACACUGGAAAAGAUCAUGAAGGAUGAGCAAAAGGAUCUGAAUUUAAUGCAUCGUUUUUUUUGUCAUUUCUGUAAUUGGUCUUUUGUUUGUAUUUGCUAAAGGUAUUGUACAGUUUUUCAGCCAUCAUGUUGAUCUCAGUUGUAUAUUUGUAUCAUCAGGUUUUUGUUUCAUUGGUAUUUAUUUUAUUUAUAUUUUUCAUUAGAAAUGAACAGUUUCAUUAUAAGUUUCUGGAUUGCUCCCUGUAAACUCGCCGCUAUAGACAACCUGUUAUGCAACUACAGACUUUUGUUUUCAGUACUGCUGCGGGUUCCUUGUUUUUUUACCACUGAUGCCAAUAAAGUCAAUUACUUAACACAUUCUAA